CGACGUGCGCUGCCGCGUGUCCGCAGGUGCGACGCAGGGAUGCGUGCGGAGGCGCCGCCGCCGGGCUCCCCCGCCUCCCCGAGGCCUGGCUCCCCUCCGGGCCCCGCCUGCGCGCCGACGGCCGCUCCCCGCCCCCGCUCGGGCUCCACGUCUUCUUCGGACGGGUCGAGCACGCCCCGGCACAGCGACGGCGGCGAUGCUGCAUCGCCCUCGGCCCACGGCGCCGCCAUCUUGGCCUUCCGCUCCGUGGACCUGAGCGGGGCGCUGGACGGCUCCGGCUACUGCCCGCAGAGCGAGCCCGUCAAGCGCAAGGUGUACGCGGGGAGCGCCACGCUGGGUCGCCUGCAGAAGUCGCUGGAGAAGAGCCAGCAUCAUUCGCUGCGCCUCAAGGCCGAAGCCGACUUGUCGCCAGAAGACCGCGGCGGGGCGGGCAGCCUGCAGCUGAAGUUGGCAGAACUUCGGCGCGAGCGGCUGCAAGUGGAAGCGAAGGUUCGCGAGGCCCGGGAGGAGGAGCGGCGCCGCCUCGACGAGCGCGCCCAGGCGCAGCGCCAGCUCACGCUGCUCCGCCGCCAAAUGCUCGUGCACACGAUUGAAGGACUCAAGCGCAGUUUAGAGGAUCAGUCGGCGCGGCUGCACGAAGCAGUGUACGAUUCGGCGGCGGACUCCCCCGUGCCCGCGCCGCCGGCCGCCGCUCUGGCAGAGCCGUGAUUUCUCUCCGACGCACACGCGCAGCGCGCCACGACACCGCUCCUGCAAGGAGUGACUAGGUUUUACUGUGCGAAGUUUUUUUUCUUUUGCUCUCCCCCCCUCUCUCUCUCUCUCUCUCUCUCUUUCUGUCUUUCUUUCUGUCUUUCUGUCU